UAUUAUUUUGUUACAGUGAGAUGGCGCGGUGGGAUGCGCCAAUCAGGCACAGAACUAUUUGGCUUCUUGUGUGUCUGUUGCCGAUAACAUGGGCUACUCCAGGACCGUGCGAGGUAGAAACGGGCCAGUCAAGUAUCAUUGUUGACAUCGAGGAGAGUCGAGGAGACCAAGUCAACCAAACAACAGUACCGGCUGAGUUACCUAUCGUCGGCGAUCCAGAUGUAGAUGUCAUUCUAUCAACAGUAUUUCCAAAAGGCCCGACUUUAUUUCAACUUGAUGGCAAAAGGCUACAAUUACUACAACCCCUGGACAGAGACGCUGAUAACUUGUCUCAUAUGGUAUUUCAAUUGGUUUGUCAAGUGAAAGCUACAAAGAAAAGGCGAACCAUACCUGUCAUAGUUCGAGUGUCGGAUAUAAAUGAUAAUGCGCCUGUGUUUCAAGGAACGCCGUAUGAAACUAGUAUAUCUGAGCUAAUUCCAAUUGGCUCUACAAUAUUUGAUAGUAUUCGAGCAGUAGAUACCGAUGCAGGGGUGAAUGGUCUCGCGGAAUAUUUCAUAACCACAGGGGACAAUAAAACCUUAGAAGCCGCAAAUGCAGUGGAUGGUUAUGGGUACUUUUCUAUACCUUUACCACAUCAAGGGCAAGUCACAGUCAAUAGGAGCUUGGAUUACGAGCGCACCAAGAAGUAUCUAGUCACUAUUGUUGCUUCUGACCGCGCUCGCGAUACAAAACGUAGACUGUCGAGUACGACUACUUUGACCGUGAACGUACUGGACGAUGACGAUCAAGACCCCUCCUUCAUUUACAAGGGAUGUACUCUCCAUGACGGCGCUUGUAUCAAUCCCGAAUACGCUAGCUAUGUAAACGGCGGAGUUCUAGCGGGUAUAUUAACAAUUGAACCAGAAAAAAUUCAAGCUGUCGAUAUGGACACCAUAAACGCUCGUAUUAAAUACACGAUCGAAAGUGGCGAGCCUGACACCUGGGCGACGUACUUUGAGAUAGAUCCUAACACAGGCGCUGUUAGACAGCUGAAGCCUGUCGAUACUAGCAUUGCGAAGAAAUUCCAGCUUGUCAUUAAGGCGGAAGAGGCAUCAGAAGCAAAACGUUUUACAACAGCAAAAUUAACAAUAACAGUAAGGCCGGUCGACGCCAGUCCUCCAGUCGUUAAUGCUAGCUCAGACGAAGGUCAAGUUGAGGAGAAUUCGCCUAAAGGAACCAAAGUAUUGGACAUUCAGGGACAACCGAUUAAAUUGAGCGUUUCUGAUCCGGAUUUGGGUCCAGGAGAUCCAAUACCGAAAUAUACUUUCGAAUUAACGACAAGCUUCUUCGAUAUAGACAAAGAUGGAUAUUUAGUUGUGAGCGACGAUAGAUUGGACCGAGACCCGCCUAAUCCAGGAAAAUUCAGAUUCCAAGUAGUAGCUCGUGAGGCAAACGGUGGCGCCGCCUCCGCACCUUAUUCGCUGGCGGUUCAACUGUUAGACCAAAAUGACAACGCACCCGUCAUACCCAAAACACAGCCAAUAACUGUACCUGCCAGCUUAGAACCCACUGCUGUUUAUAAGGUGGAAGCGAUGGAUAUCGACGAGGGUGAGAACGCUCGCAUUUCAUACAACAUCCAUCACGUGUCUAACAACGGCGGAAACAAGUUCACAAUUGACCCCACCACCGGUGUGAUCUCUAGUACAGGUCGCCUCCAAGCUGGCGAACAAUACAGUGUGACAAUACGAGCAACCGACGCUAAAGGCCUCAGCUCCCAAGGCAUCGUUGAAUUAUUGGUCGCGCCGGGACCAAACACCCGACCCCCGCAGUUCUCAUCUAGAGAUUAUUACGCGCCCGUGUCAGAGGGUGCUGCCAUUAAUUCUACAGUUACUACUGUUACCGCCAAAGAUCCAGAAAACGAACCGGUAACAUAUUCAAUAGUAUCCGGUAACGACUUGCGGCAGUUCGCUAUCGGUUCAAACACUGGUAUUAUUACUGUCAUACGAAGCCUCGACAGAGAAGUGUUAACAAGAUAUCAGUUGAUGGUGAGAGCUGAAGACCCCGGCAAGUUAUCUACAACAGCGACUGUUAACAUUAAAGUUACUGAUAUAAAUGAUAAUAAUCCGAAAUUCGACGAAGAUUCCUAUUUAUUCCACGUCAAAGAAGGUAUAUCUGGUGAGGUAGUGGGCUACGUACACGCGACAGACGUCGACGAAGGCAUCAACGCUAUGGUCAGCUACAGUAUCCCGAAUCAUCUCCCAUUUAUCAUUGAUAACUCAACCGGCAUGAUCAGUACCAAGACUGAACUUGAUUAUGAGGACACGAAGGACUACUCAUUCGUAGUAACAGCAACAGAUGGCGCUAUCGACAAGCGUCUCGGUACUGCGUCUGUAACCGUACAAGUUCAAGAUGAACCAGAUGAAUCUCCGACCUUCUCACAGCCUCUGUACACUGUACAUGUACCUGAAAAUGUACCUAAUCACCCUGUGGUUAAAGUUCACGCUGAAGAUCCAGAUACAAUACCAGAGAUAACGUACACGAUCCUCAAAGGAGACACCAACCUAUUUUCCAUAGACCGUAAAACGGGAGUCAUUAGAACAUUAAGACCUCUAGAUAGAGAGGCGAGUGCAAGGCACGAGUUACUUGUGGGUACGGAGGAGAAUAGUGGGGAGGGCGAUGGAGCGACCACCACUGUAGAAGUUUUAGUCGAUGAUAAAAACGACAACGCACCGGUGUUUACCUUAGUUCCUCGACCAGUGACAGUCGAAGAUACAUCGUCGAUCGGUAGUCUAGUUGAGACGGUGGUAGCUUUGGACGUAGACGCGACCCCGCCUAACAACCGUGUGCGAUACUCUUUAGUGGGGAGGGGGAAGGCUUCCAAGUAUUUCCAUGUGGAGCCUGAUACUGGCGCUGUGAGGGUCCGAGAUGAUUUGAGGAAGGAGACUGAUAGUGAAUAUACUGUUGAUGUCCAAGCCUACGAUCAAGGCGAGCCUGUCAUGUCAUCCGUAGUCAGUCUGACGGUGUAUGUCAGUCACUCGGCUACUGUACCGCCGGACGUUCGUCUAGGUUUCGCAGACACAGUGUACACAGAGCACGUGGCAGAGAAUUCUCCGAAUGGUACUCUCGUUAGGACGUUACCGAUUUGGAAUAAGAGCAAGCAUUCUAAAGAUACUCCGCUUAAGUGUUUGCUUACCGACUCCUCACAAAAAGGUGUAUUCUACGUGAAAGUAACAGACGACAGAGACUGUGCUAUCUACCUCAACCGAUCUCUAGACUAUGAAACACUAACAGAGUACUCUUUAGAAGUUCAACUAGAGUCUAUACAAGGCCUGAUAAACCCAGAGAGCAGCAAAGCUACAAUUAAUGUACACGUGACAGAUGUCAAUGACAAUCCUCCUGUGUUUGUUUUUCCCGAACAAUCCACUAUUGUUGGUGCGAGAGGGAAAUAUUUUGCAAUAGCUACCAAGGAUAUGCCUCUAGGAACGAAUGUGUUGCAAGUUAAGGCGAAAGAUAAGGAUAGUGGGGACUACGGUAAGAUAGAAUACCGUAAAAAUUCAUGGACCAAAGCAGCUGAAGAGUACUUCAGUCUCGACGGCGACACCGGCGUCAUAACUAAUAUUAAGACUUUCGAGAAUGUUCCCAAAGAUGUACUACCAUUUAAGUUUAAUGUUAUGGCGAGAGACAACCCUAAGGCGGAUGAUUAUAAGACCGCUAGGGCGUCUGUUGUGAUAAAUCUUCUCCAAAAAGACAAUCAAUUGAUAAUCGAAGUAGCUGAUUUAAACGUGGACGCAAUGACGACCUCACAAGCGCGCAACUUACUUUCCGCGAUAGAAGAAAAAAGUGGUUUAGUUGCCGGUCUAGAAAAACUGACCUCUAGGUUAUAUUUAGGAGAGAAUGGGACUCUAGAAAGUGACCCUAAGGGUACGAAUGUGUGGCUGUACCUGCUGGACCCGAACACUGGUGAUAUAUUAACGAGGGAUUCCUUGCCAGUUAAAAAGGCGGUGGGGCGCGGCGUGCCGGUGCGCGCGCCGCUGUCGCCGCCGCCGCGCCGGCCGCAGCUGGCGGCGGCGCCGCUGGCCAGCGCGCUGCCCGCCGCGCUGCUGGCGCUGGCCGCGCUCGUGCUCGUGGCCGCCGCCGCCGCCGCCGCCUACAUCUGCGCCUCCUGGAACCGGUAUAAGAAACACAAGGAGCAAGCUUUACAACAGUACGGAACCCUUAGUAUGAGUAUGGCACCUCCGCGACCUCCCUCGGGAUAUGAAUCCAGUGAAGAUGAACCAGCUCCAAGAUAUGAGACACAGGUACUGAACAUGGCCGUAGAUGAUGCAGAUCUCCAGUUAGACUUCAGUCCAAAUAAUCACGCCUUCAAUAUCCACAGUGUGCAAUAUUUAUCCAAAGACAACGGUGAACGCAGCCCAACCUUGUCAGAAACUGCGACAACCGCACGCGCAUCAAGCGUAAAUGAAAAUGGCGGAACUCUGAACAAAGUCCAUAACCACAAUAUCGACAAUAUCAACAACUCAACCAUCGCCCGCAACACUCAGACCCUCAACCGUAGGAUGCCUAACAACAACGCUCUCAACAACGCGUUAGGGACUUUGCCGAGAGUCAACAACAAUAAUAUAGGCGGGGGGCUGCUCGCCGCCACGCUGGGGAGAAAGAUAAACGGGAACAACCACAAGAAGAAAGCUACGCAACCUAUCAUGGCGUAUGAUGAAAUACCCGGCUUACAACGAUCCACAGAUAAUGACAACGUUACGUUCGGAAAGAGAAAUUUUAAUGGAUUCCCUUACGACCAGUCUCAUGUGGAAACAACUACGGAGCUAUAAGUUCAGAGACAAAAACUAGUGGAAAGUGUAUAACUAGUAAAGUGAACUAAAAUAAUAUAAUCUAAAAACAUUAACAUUGUGUUCAACGAAAAUCUUCAUAUCAAUGUGCGACUGAAUAAUAUUCGAAAUAUUAGUAUAUAAUGUGAAUAACGAAUUUUUAGAAAAAUACAUUUGUAAUAUUUUUACUUAGCGCAGGCUAGUCUUCUUAUUGAACAAAUUGUGCAUAAUAAUUAAUGUUGUAAAUAAUAGAGGCAUUACGUGUAUAUUUUGUAGGUACCUGAAGUGUAGAUGCAGGUACAAAAUAUUUUGUACAGAUGUUUUAUAUUUUUAUAUAGAAAUUUAGGUUAAUAAUGGCGAUGAGCCGUGCAGGUUAUAUGUGUUAAUAACCUAACAUAAAUAUGUUACACUUGCCAAGCCAACGAUUUUUUUUUCAUGAUUAAAUUGUGUAACAGACACUGUUUUGUUUUUAAUCAGUUAGAAUUUUAUUCAUUAAAAUUGUGUGAUCAUAAAUACAUUAUUUUUAAGUUUGUGUAGUUCCAGCAAAUCUAUUUAAUCUGUGACUCGUUAAAUCGCGAGAUUCAGUAUUUUUUUAAUUAAUAUUUUAAAGUUUAAGAGUUAUAAAAAUUCUAAACAAAUUAUAAUUUUAAUUAUAAAUUAUUUUCCCACUGUUUUGAAGAAUCUUUUAGAAUGUGUAUGAAUUUUGUGCCAGUUACAAUUAAUUCGUAGAUAAAACGAUUUGAAAUAGUAACAUUUAUUAUAAUUUUAAGCAUAAGUAAGAAAUGCUCAUUUAAUAAAAAAAUCUAACUAAAAUAAAUAAUUUGUGCCAAACGUUUUGAUAUGUUUUUAAUCUGUGCUGUAUUUAUUCUUGGUCCUUGUGUUACCUCUUUUGUAGUGUAUAUUUUGUAAAUGAUAUAAUUUUUUUACAAUGAAAAGCUGAUUAAAGUAAUUGUUUAAUAGAUUCUGGAAUAAAUUAAUAUUAUUUUUA